AUGCUGCAGUGGUCGUCCUUCGUUCAGAAGGCGCAGUCUUUCAUUGACCCGGCUAACUUCAACCUUCCCUCGCUUACGUCCUCGGAUCGCAAUCCUUCUAAAGCCUCCUUGUUCCGCCAGCAAUUUCGUCUCCCAGAGUCCCAGAACCCGCUACAAGAAAUUACUGCGGAGCUGAUCCUCCCAAUCCCGCACACCUCGUCCUCCACAUCUGAUGCGCCUCGCAAUCUAGACCGCGCCGGUAACCGUUACGCUGGCAGACUCCAUCUGAGCGAACGAUUCAUCUGUUUUUCCACCCAACCGACUAGUUUUGCGCCAUCCGCUACUCUAGGUGCUUCAACCCACUGGGCUGGUCAGACCAACGGUACUGGACCGUCGGGGAAUGGUUUCACCAUCCCUCUUUGUUGUAUUCGUCGGGUGGAGCGCCUAAAUAGCCUUAGCCAUGUGUUCUCCCUUGCGCUCACAACGUGGAAUGGGGCUCUCGGAAAGCAGCAGAGCUCCGGCUUCAUCCCCCAACGAUUUACCAUCCAGCUGGUAGGGAGCAGGCAGGCCUGUGAACGUUUCUGCGAUGGUCUGAAGAAGGGGUUGCGGGAGGGUAUGAAAGAAAUCGAGAACUUGCGGGUAGUUGUAAACGAUUGUUACUCGGAAUAUCUGCUUUCCGCGGCCAAGCCAAAAGGCCAGGACGGUGAUGGUUCGGAGUUGCGUCAGCCCCCAGAUGCUGGGCUGGGGAUGACUUUCCGCUAUCCCGGUGAUGCUCGCAAACUACGGGAUCGAAGUAAAAUGAGAUUGUGGGGAGAAUAUUUCAGAGAAAACGGCCGCAAUGCGACUCUCAUCCGGCAACCAACCUUUCACAAACUCAUUCGAGUUGGGCUUCCGAAUCGCCUCCGGGGUGAGAUCUGGGAGGUGAGCUCUGGCUCCUUGUAUUUGCGCCUCCGAUCACCAAAGCUAUACACGGAGACUCUGUCCAAAUUUUCCGGCCAGGAGUCUUUAGCCAUUGACGAAAUUGAAAAAGACCUGAAUCGAAGCUUACCGGAAUAUGCCGGAUUCCAGAGCGAGGAAGGCAUUGGACGACUUCGGCGAGUCCUUACAGCUUACAGCUGGAUCAAUGCAGAGAUUGGAUACUGCCAGGCGAUGAAUAUUGUCGUCGCUGCUUUGUUGAUAUAUAUGUCGGAGGCGCAGGCCUUCUUCCUUCUUUCCGUGUUAUGUGACCGCCUCCUACCGGGUUACUAUUCGACGACCAUGUAUGGCACACUACUUGAUCAGAAAGUGUUCGAGUCCCUGGUCGAAAAGACAAUGCCAGUUCUGUGGGAACAUCUCGCGAAAUCCGAUGUUCAGCUCUCGGUUGUCUCCCUGCCGUGGUUCCUUUCUCUCUAUAUCAACUCCAUGCCUCUAGUGUUUGCGUUUAGAGUCCUGGACGUGUUUUUCCUUGAAGGGCCUAAGGUGCUUUUUCAGGUUGGCCUAGCUAUCCUCCGGAUCAAUGGCGAAGAGCUAUUGGAUAUACAAGACGAUGGGUCAUUUAUUUCCGUGUUGAAAUCUUACUUCUCUCGACUGGACGAGUCCGCUCAUCCGCGUUCUGAGAAUCCUAAACUCAGAGCAGUCACUCGAUUUCAGGAACUGAUGGUUGUGGCCUUCAAAGAGUUUUCCGGGAUCACACAUCAAACUAUUACGGAAGAGCGUGAUAAGCAUAAGGAUGCAGUGCUGGAGAACAUUGAGAGUUUUGCCAAACGAACAUCUAUUCGAAACCUAGGACCCGAGAGCAAAAAGCUCAGCAUGGACGAUCUUGGCGUGAUCUACGACCGGUUCUACGAAGUUCUCUAUGACCAUCAGCAAAUGCAAAAGCUCUUGGAGGAGGAGAAAAAGCGCCAGGAGAAGAAAAGAAUCGAACGAACUUCGAUACUCGGACCCCCGGUGGACCGCGAGGUAGGUCGGGUUGGUCUGGGUCCGAGCCCUACUCACAUGGACUAUGAUGCUUUCCGUGACUUCCUUGCCGCCACAGCCAAGUGGGCAGUGGGUGACUCUCCUGGGUCGUCCCGGAAAGAGUCGUCUGGUGAUUUUAGCUUGAACAGCCUCAGAGCACUCGGAAAAUCUUCCUCAUCAUGGAACAAUAAACCAGAACCCGCCGAUCACGAGUUUAUGCGGCGGCUCUUCCGAAAAUGGGGUAACAUUCCAUCGGAAGGGCUCAGUUUACAGAAUGUGGUCAAUGGGCUUGCGCGCCUCAAGGGAUCUCGUGAUAUCAUGAACAAUAUCAAUUACUUUUUUGACCUCUAUGAUGACUACGGCAAUGGCCAGGUAGAUCGCGAAGGAAUUCUCAGAAUCUCCGAGGCAUUGCUGUUCCUUUCCAGGCGCGGUUUUGAUGGCGCUAUCACACCCAGCCAAUCGCUCGAGGAGCUUGGUGCAGCAAAUGACCGGGAUCAUAUGGAUCAUGAUAGACUGACUACUGAUGAAAAGUUUCUGGGAAGUGUCAGUUCAUUCAUCCGCCGAUGUUUCGAGUACGCUGAUCCUAGCAAACCUGAGGAGCAAGGCUCGGUAGAAUUGAAAGAUACAGUGGAAGCAACGGACAAGCUGGGUGCGUUCAGCAUCGGGGAUGAUGAAGAAGAUCUGAUCGACAUUGGCGAUGAGGCCAAGUCCAUGACGCCCUCGGACACUAAGACUGACACCCAGGAGAAGCAGAGUGGUGGAAAAGCUGAAGCUCGCUUGUCUUAUAACCGAAACACAUCAGAAUCGGCGAAUCCUGCUCUUGAUCCCAACAACCCUCUUCACAUCACAUUACCCACUUUCCGGAUGGUCAUUCUAGCUGAUGAGCUACUUGAGCAAUUCUUUGAUUCCUUCUUUCCCCAGUCUUUCCGUCUUUCCGACCAUCCACACCCCGCAUCCAAGGCCACUUCCCUUUCUUCGAAUCUCACAACCUUCUCGAAUAUCAACGCCCCCAAGCCUCAAGCCACCGAGGUCUCAGGUGCUCCUGUUGCAGGUGCAUCGGGCGGCAUCGUACCACCCGGCAAAGGACUCCGUGGAGUUUUGGACAACAUUGUCACGGACGGCAUCCGGAUGGCCGCCGAGGUCAAGAAGAAAAUGGACGAAGCGCAGCGGGAGCUGGAACGCAACGCUCUCAGCCGCGAAGAAGACGAAGACGAUGAAGACGAUGAGUACGAUACGCGCACCGGCUCGACCACCCCGGCCAUUGUGGGAGGUAUCUCUAGCUGGGGAGCUGGCGCCUAUGGUGCAGAUCCGGAACGGCGCAGCGUCCGAGAGGCUGAUCGCGAUUUACUCGAAGGAGCAGAAGUUCUCAGUGUCCGCGGAAAAGACGAAUCAUCCCUCUUGAAUGAAAACGACGGACAUCAGCAAGCCUCAGAAGCAAGUAACAGUAGUGGCCAUCUACAAUCCUCCCGGUCGCCACAACCGACAUCCGAAGCAAAUCAUGAUGACAACAUCGUUAGUAAAGUUGAAUUUGAGUCAUAA